UGGGGGUUGCAUUUUGGGGCGGCACGGAGAGGCCGAGCCUCCCGUCCAAUGGGCGGCGGAGGAGGCCUCCGCAACGGGCCAAUCAGGGCGGUGCGGAGAUGGUGACCAAUGAGCAGACGCCGCUGCCGGCUUUAUAAACUUCACAUAGGCAUUUUGAGGCUAUACUCCGACUGUGAAAGAAGGAAGCUAGCUAGCGCCAUGGCCAGAACCAAGCAAACCGCUCGCAAAUCCACCGGUGGCAAAGCACCCAGGAAGCAGCUCGCCACCAAGGCUGCGCGCAAGAGCGCCCCGGCCACCGGCGGCGUGAAGAAGCCUCACCGUUACAGGCCCGGCACCGUGGCUCUUAGAGAGAUCCGUCGUUACCAGAAGUCCACUGAGCUGCUGAUCCGCAAACUGCCUUUCCAGCGCCUGGUGCGAGAAAUUGCCCAGGACUUUAAGACCGACCUGCGCUUCCAGAGUUCCGCAGUGAUGGCCCUGCAGGAGGCAAGCGAGGCUUACCUGGUCGGCCUGUUCGAGGACACCAACCUGUGCGCCAUCCACGCCAAGAGGGUGACCAUCAUGCCCAAGGACAUCCAGCUGGCCCGUCGUAUUCGCGGAGAGCGCGCAUAAACGAUGACCUGAUCUCCAAAA